AUGGAAGCUCUCCUCAUGUCAUCUGUGCAAUGCACAUCGCGUAAUUUACUUGUAGGAAAAGCAUCUUAUGCUGAGAUGAUCCUUCGCUCUCUGGUGGCUUGGUGCUUCCGAAAACUGGAAACCAGGGGAGCUGGGUUUGUGUCUAUCGGAUUCGCGUACGCCUUUCCCAAGGGCGUAGCGAUCUUCUUCAAAGAAAUCCAGGAUUUCUUUGGCACGUCCUAUAGUGAGAUGGCAUGGGUCUCCUCGAUUAUGUUGGCCACGACGUACGGCGCAGGUCCUAUAAGCAGUAUUUUAGUAAAUCGCUAUGGCAGCCGACCCGUGGUUAUGUUCGGAGGCCUGCUCUGUGGCAUAGGGAUGGUCUCGGCUGCCUUCUGCACCAGCGUCCUGCAACUCUACAUCUGCGUGGGCUUCAUUACAGGAUUUGGCCUUGCUCUCAACCUCCAGCCAGCUGUGAUAAUCAUAGGGAAAUACUUUUUAAAAAGAAGACCCAUCGCAAAUGGCCUUGCUAUGGCAGGGAGCCCUGUGAUGCUUUGUACCCUGGCUCCUCUCAACCAGGUCCUUUUUGACAAUUUUGGCUGGAGGGGCAGCUUUUUAAUUCUAGGGGCAAUUUUAUUAAACUGCUGUGUGGCAGGAGCUCUCUUCAGGCCCGUGGGGGUGGCCAAACAGUCGGUCAAAAACCAGAUGAUUGAGGAAGGGAAGGAGGCUCCAAAAGAAGAGGUCACUAAGAUGUCUGUGGAAAUGAGCAAUCCCACAUACGUCCCUGCGGAGACCAAAGUGGAAGAGGAAGAAGAAAAGGACUGUUGUGAAAAAAUCAAUCAGUACCUUGAUUUUUCCCUCUUUAAGCACAGAGGGUUCUUGAUUUACUUAAUUGGAAAUGUGCUUAUGUUCCUGGGUUUUUUUGCCCCUAUUGUUUUUCUGGCACCAUAUGCAAAGCACAUUGGCAUUGAUGAAUAUUCAGCCGCUUUCCUCCUUUCAAUUCUUGCCAUCGUAGAUAUGAUCGCCAGGCCUACCACUGGCAUCAUUGCGAACAGCAAGUGGGUGAGGCCAAGGAUUCAAUAUUUUUUCAGCUUUUCUAUUGCUUUCAACGGUGCCUGCCAUCUGUUGUGCCCCCUGGCUUCAGGCUACACAGGGCUUGUCGUUUACUCCAUCUUUUUCGGCUUGGCCUUUGGCAUGGUCUGUGCCAUGCUUUUCGAGACGCUCAUGGACCUUGUGGGAGCUGCUCGGUUCACAAGCGCCGUUGGCCUGGUCACCAUUGCGGAGUGUUGCACGAUCCUACUUGGGCCACCAAUUGGAGGAACUCUUAUUGAUACCUUUGGAGACUAUAGAUAUAUGUUCAUUAAAUGUGGAGCUGUGAUGGUCUUGGCAGGAACAUUCCUCUUCAUCAUGAAUUACUAUAAUUAUCGUAUGCUUGCCAAAGAGGAGAAGGAAAGAAAGGCAAAAGAAGAGAAUCCUAAAAUUGUAAGGACAGAAAAUGAAGGUAGAAGUAACUGGAACAAAGAAACCCUACAGGAUGGGCCUGAGCUGGAACCUUUGAGAGAUGAACGAGAAGGACUAAAGACGGAAGUGAAUGGCACAAAUGAAGUUUAAACCUGUUCUAAUGGACUGAACAGGAGAUUACUUCUGAGUUGCUUAAGUUGACUCUAGCUGUGAAAUCACACUAGGUUUUUAAAUUCUGCCUUAUGCUCUGCCAUAUACAUCCUCCUCUUUGUCUUAGGAGAAGACUAGGACAGAAACAAGUCUAGUUGCUUAUAAAGUGCUCAGGACGCAGAGUGUGGUAUCCAUUCAUAUACCAAAGGUCCUGCAUGUCCUGCACUAUUUUUCUUAUGUAUUUCCCAUUUCCUAGAGGUUGAAUGUGAGCGUAACCCAUGCUCCGCUUUUAUUCCCAGUACUACAGAUCCAUUUGGUGAAUAGGCCGAUGGCCAUCAGAGUCAAUGCAGAGCCCUUCCAUUAGCUUGAAUGGGCUGUGCAUAAAGUACUAUGAUGGCUGGAUCGUCUCAUGAUGCAGUCAAAACACUUAUACUCGCUCGUGCCCUCAAGCCUGAUCGAAGCCUCUCGUCUUCAGCGUGUUGGACUGCAGCAUCGGAGCUAUCCCAGGAUUUGAUGCUGCCUUCCACUGGUGGCUGCACUGUGACAUACAUUUCUGUCUCAUGGAAAUGUAAAAUAGAUCUUAUGCUUGAUUUAAAUACAAAAUAAGCUAGAGCCGCUUGAACCAAAGGAGGGCAGUGUAUGCCUGUGCAUGAAGUGGCAGCAAGGCAGCCAGUCCUUGUGAAGAGGUGUGUGCUAGGAAGGUGCUGACUUGUGGUCGCUCACCCUGGCUUGACCGGGGACCUCUGCAUUUAGCAAAAUGCCUCGAGAAAGGUGGCAUUCUGCAGGGGGCCUGCAUACCACAGGAGUCAUUCCCGUCCCUUUGUCUGAGAAGGGCAGAUCAUGAGAGGGCAGUGCUAUGCGUCACUGCUUAAACUUUGAGCAGCAUUCAAACCAUGCAAAAUUCUUUAAAACUUACCCCGAGAGGUUAGAUAGUCCUUAUUAUCCAAUAUCUGAGUGCCUUACAGUUUUUACCAUGCUUUUUCUUUCUUUUAACAGCACAGUAAGGGCUAUUAUUAUUAAUUAAUGGUACAAAUGAAGAACUGAAGCACAGAGCAGCUACAGGCAUCAGCGUGUCUGUGAAUAAUCCUUAGGUAUUCUACAGUGUAAUGGGAUCCAUUGCCCUGAGCUGGGCCCCUCGGCCCCUGACACGAAGGAAGUCAUCAGCCGCGGGGAAAGGGUGCUGAGAGCCUGCCUGCUGAGCAAAGGAAUCCCCCGCUCACUUGUGUCGUCUUGUGCAAAUUCUUUUCAUUGAAAUCCUUCAUUCCACUGAACAGCAAUGGCGUUCGGUCUUUGACUUCACUAGGACUUGAAUUUUAUCCUUCUGUUGUAUCUUGCAUUUUCUCUGAAAAACAAAAUCUAUUCAAUAUAUUUAGGGCUUUGUUGCUGUGUUUUUAAUAUUCUCUAGUGCUGUCAAAUAUAUCUAUGGCUAUUCAAUAACAAAGGCAUUGAUGGAAGGUCCUGAACAUUUUCUAAUAUGCCUUCUGGAAGCUUUAAUGUAGUUAAUAAAUCUCUUUUAAAAAAAAUGAAAUGAAUUGA